AUGUCGUCGUCUCGCCAUGCCGUACAGUCCAAGGCUAACCUUGCCGUCGCUGCCGGCGUCAUGACACCGGCAGCAGCUGAGUCACUCGUGCCCCUUCAAGAAGACUUGAUCAAACAAUUCGUGGACCGUCUGGAUAAGCCGCCGAUCUUUCACAGCGAAAUCACACUCUCGGUUGCUGCUCUACGCUACUUCACAAUGUCACUCUUCGAGGACACACACGCUGCGAUCUCCAACGUCGCUGAGACUGACCUGACUACGGCGAUGGGUUGGUUCGUUGGCAAUUGCGUCAAAAAUAUGCUGAGUACUGGCGCCAUCUCUUGCAGCGGUCCUCGGUCUGGAGGCAUCACCGAAGAGCCUGCCGCUGGUGGUACAAUGGUACCGUCAGUGAAGCGGCCAACUGCUCCUGUCCCCGUUGACAACUCACGUCCAACGAAGCGUUCUCGUAUCGACCAUAUCAAUGAAGAGAAGCUCGGCACCACCACUGUUACCGUUUCACAUAGCCUCAGAGCUCCACACGUCCGUGUCUAUGUCAACGAGAAUGAGACCCGCAUGGUCGAUGCGAGUACUCAGUCGGCGCCCGCCACCCAAGACGAAGAAAUGAGCCCACUUGCCCCGUCCUAUGAAUCCCUCCAAGGCUCGUGUGAGUAA